AUGCAAGAUCUAGCCCGUGCUUUUCCUCGACCGAGGCACACUCGCGUCAUGAAGCCUCGUAGUGCAGGCAACAGUCCUUCGGCGGCAACCAGGAGACGAUCAACAGUAAAUCAAAAUGUGAUGCAUGGACUACCCCAAUAUCAGUCAUCCCUGGAAGAAGCCCUCCUCGCCUCGGCUGCCCGGAACUCACGUCCGAUGAGCUGGCAUCCUUCAUCGGCUAGAACUCGGGGCAUUUCCAACCCGUACAUCUCAGAUUUCCCUUCGGAUAGCUAUGCCGGUAUGGGAGCCGUGUCUGAUCAGUAUCUCAACUCGGCCGUCUACAGCGAAAACAUCAUGUCAUAUCCCAUGACCGCCGACCCUUCAUUCUCCCCUAAUGACUACUUCCCCGUCUACUCAAUGCAAGACGAUUUGCCACUUCCGCAACACACGCCGUCGCUCAUGACCGGCUCACAGCUCGACCCGAUGGGGUGGGAUCUCGGCGGCAUGUCCACCGAUAUGUCAAUGUCUCACCCCGCCUCCGACAACUGGAACCUAGACAUGCUAUCAAUGGGAACCAACAUCCCACCACCAGAGACAACAUGUCCAAGCUACGUCAGCGUCCCUUCCCCAGGUGAACUGAGUGGCCCAUCGACACCGGACUUUCUCCCCAUUCAACAGUACGAUCCCUUCCAGAUCACCGAGCCCACGAGGACCAGAAAGGCCGAAGAAGAACUCGUCGGCAUGGGCCUCUACAGCCAGCCCAACGGAACACUGGCACGAGCCCCGCAGAGCAAAUUGGGCGAGGGCCUGAAGCUCGAAGAAACAUUCACCCCAUCCGACGAUGAUAAGGACGCCGAGUCGGACGAGGUCGAGAGCAUUGGACAGAAUCAAUUGCCCCAGCAACCAACCUACCAUGAAUCUGCGGCUACCAUUCGCCAGUCAAACUUUCCUUCCAAGCAGCCCAAACAAGCUCUGAACCUGCGGUCUUUCUUCUUCGACCAUGAUGAUACGGAUCAGCAGCCGAUGGCUGCUGCACAACCUUUUGCUGCUUUCAAUCAGCCUUGCAUGAACUAUGGGUAUGGGUGGAUCUGA